AUGAAACUUGGCUUUAGAUCUCCAUUAUCAAUUCAAUCCAUCAUAGUUCAUGUCAGUUCUAAACCUUCAACCCUUCUAGAAAACAAUGGCUCCAUCCGCAACAGAAGUCACAUCGCAAUCCAGUCAAGAGCGAUUUCACAGAAGUGGAGAUCCCAGCUUGACACUCCCGGAAGAUGUUCCUAAGGGUCCACCAUACUUCGCAGACAAAUAUGAAGAGCGAAAAUACUUGAAGCAUCGGCUUGCACUUGCAUUCCGGAUCUUCGCUCAGUUCGGGUUCUGUGAAGGUGUAGCUGGUCAUAUCACUCUUCAAGAUCCUGUUGAUCCCCAAAGUUUCUGGGUCAACCCGUUUGGGCUUCACUUUUCUUUGAUUACCCCAGAAGAUUUGAUCCUCGUUAGUCACGACGGGCAUGUUAUUCAAGGAGGUCAAAAUAGGUUUCUGAAUUAUGCUGCCUUUGCAAUUCAUUCAGAAAUCCACUCAGCGAGACCCGAUGUUGUUUGUGCAGCUCAUUCGCAUAGUACAUAUGGCAGAGCUUUCUGUGCUAUAGGGCGAACCUUGGAUCCGAUUACUCAAGAUUCGUGCGUGUUUUACAAUGAUCAUGCGCUCUAUCCGACAUUCGCAGGAGUGGUCUUGGAUUCGAAUGAAGGCAAACAUAUAGCAGCAGCACUGGGCAACAAGAAAGCAGUCCUGUUAGGAAAUCAUGGUGUAUUGACGGCAGCCAGGAGCAUUGAAGAAACAGUUGCUUAUUUCGUGCUUUUGGAGAAAUGCUGUGAAGUUCAACUUGUGGCGGAUGCAAGUGCUGCUGGGACAGGGAAACCGCUCAUCCACAUCGGACACGAAGAGGCUGUCUCUACGUGGCAAGCUGUUGGAACGAAGGAGAAUGGAUAUUUCCAAGGGCUGCCAUUGUUCCAGACAGUUGAGCAUGAGCUGGGUAAAAGAACAUUCCUUGGGCGUGGUAUUUAGACUUGCCAUAAUUUUGAAUGGCUUUGCUUUUGAGAUUCCUCCCACAGUGGCGUCCGAGUUCGUUCCUGAAGGAGUUAAGAUUGGGAGGAGGUUGUAUGUUUCACCG